ACUGUCCUUCGGAAGUGAAGUUGUUUCUGUAAAAUCUUUGCAUGUAACCAGCCAGCCAUUCAACAGACCCACCUCACAGCCCUCAGCAACGGAUAUUUGUUGUCAACUCUGAAAGCAAAUUAGUGUUCCGGUGAAACGAAUCAUGGUUAGCAAGACGGAUAACAUCCCAGCAUCAGUGCCGAACUGCAACACUGUUGAUCUUGCUCGAGACAGCAAGAUCGCCUUGAAGGAUCCAUGUGCUUGCGGGCACAACGGUGACACAGCAGUAAUGAACGGGGAUGGUGGUAACGAUCAAGCUGAGGAUGCCGACUCCAAGCAGGACGGCAGUGCUGAUGCAGAACCUGGAGAGGACUCAAAUGAACAAGAAGUGAUUGUAAUUCAGGACACUGGCUUCACUGUGAAGAUCCAAGCACCAGGAACUGAGCCUUUUGACCUGCAGGUGUCACCACAAGAGAUGGUACAGGAGAUCCACCAAGUGCUGAUGGACCGUGAAGACACCUGUCACCGCACCUGCUUUUCCUUGCAACUUGAUGGAAAUGUACUUGACAACUUUGCCGAGCUCAAGUCCAUUGAGGGCCUACAAGAGGGAUCCCUUCUUAAAGUGGUCGAAGAACCGUACACAGUGCGUGAAGCUCGCAUUCAUGUUCGUCACAUCAGAGACCUGCUGAAGAGCCUUGACCCAUCAGACGCCUACAACGGAGUGGACUGCAACUCUCUCUCCUUCCUCAGUGUUUUCACAGAUGGUGACCUUGGAGAUACUGGAAAACGCAAGAAGAAGGGCAGUGAACUUGAGCAGAUUGAUUGCACACCACCUGAGCACAUUCUGCCAGGCAGCAAAGACCGUCCUUUAGUUCCCCUCCAACCACAAAACAAAGACUGGAAGCCUAUGCAGUGCCUGAAGGUCUUGACCAUGAGUGGCUGGAACCCACCACCUGGCAACAGGAAGAUGCACGGAGACCUCAUGUACCUGUACAUUGUAACCGUAGAGGAUAGACACAUCAGCAUCACUGCCUCAACCCGUGGGUUCUACCUCAAUCAGUCUACCACUUAUACAUUCAACCCCAAGCCUGCCAAUCACAGCUUCCUCAGCCACACUCUGGUGGAACUGCUGAGCCAGAUUAGUCCUGCCUUCAAGAAGAACUUUACUGCUCUGCAAAAGAAGAGGGUUCAGAGACAUCCAUUUGAAAGAAUAGCCACUCCCUUCCAAGUGUUCAGCUGGACUGCACCACAGAUUGACCAUGCCAUGGAUUGUGUGAGAGCAGAGGAUGCCUACACUUCCCGCCUGGGUUAUGAGGAACACAUCCCUGGCCAAACAAGAGACUGGAAUGAGGAACUCCAGACGACCAGAGAACUUUCUCGUAAGAACCUCCCUGAGCGCCUGCUAAGAGAAAGAGCCAUAUUCAAGGUUCAUAGUGACUUUGCUGCUGCAGCAACACGGGGAUCGAUGGCAGUGAUUGAUGGCAACGUUAUGGCUAUCAACCCUGGUGAGGAAACACGUAUGCAGAUGUUCAUCUGGAACAACAUUUUCUUCAGCUUGGGGUUUGACGUACGUGACCACUACAGGGAGCUGGGUGGGGAUGCUGCCGCCCAUGCUGCCCCCACCAAUGACCUGAAUGGGGUGAGGGCAUACAGUGCUGUAGAUGUGGAGGGGCUCUACACCCUGGGCACAGUGGUAGUGGACUACAGAGGGUACCGUGUAACCGCACAGUCCAUUAUUCCUGGGAUCCUGGAGCGGGAACAGGAGCAGAGUGUUAUCUAUGGAUCCAUUGACUUUGGCAAGACCGUAGUGUCUCACCCCAAGUAUCUGGAGCUGCUGGAGAAGACUAGUCGGCCACUGAAGGUUCAGCACCAUGCUGUCCUCAAUGAGAAAGAUGCUCCUGUAGACCUAUGCUCCUCUGUGGAAUGUAAGGGUAUUAUUGGUAAUGAUGGCCGGCAUUACAUUCUGGACCUUUUGCGUACCUUUCCUCCUGACCUCAACUUCCUGCCGGUGGAAGGAGAAGAGCUGGCCCCUGAGAGCCAGAAGCUGGGUUUCCCUCGGCAACAUCGUCAUCGCCUGGCUUGCUUGCGCCAGGAACUCAUCGAGGCCUUUGUAGAGCACAGAUAUCUCCUCUUCAUGAAGAUGGCAGCACUCCAGCUAAUGCAGCAGAAAGUAAACAAAGACAACAAAACUGCAGCCCUGCAGGACACAAGUGCUGCAGAUGUGCAGUCUGAAAGCAAACCACAGGUUCCUAAAGCAUCUGAGAAAGUUCCUGAAACCACAGCAGCCUCUCCAACCUCCUCUGAAUCCACUCUGACUCCUGAAGGACCAGUUGAACUAAGUGCAACACCUGCACCUGACAACUCCUCUCCAGAGCCCCCAGCCAAACAGAACGCAGAGAUUCCUACAGCCAACACCAAUGUUACUCAUGAGCCUUCAGCCGUUGAGAGGCAGAACAGCGAGUGUGAUAGUCCCUUGGAGGGUAAGAAAGCUGAUGAAAACAUACCUGGACUUGCCCAAGCUAAAGAGCUGGCCAAAUCCUUAGCAGCUGAAGAUGGAUCUGGUAUUGACCCCAGAAGUCGAGAGGUUGUCCUCAAUGCCUGUAAAGCUGUGGGCUCCAUCAGCAACACCUCUUUCGACAUUCGCUUCAACUCUGAUAUCUUCUCUCCAGGAGUGCGCUUCCCUGAUGACAGCACUGAAGUCAUCCAGAAACAGAAGCAGCUUCUCAAAGAUGCUGCAGCCUUCUUAGUGUCAUGCCAGAUCCCCUCAUUUGUAAAAGACUGUUUAGAUCACAGCUCUCUGCCUAUGGAUGGAGCCACAUUAACAGAGGCCAUUCAUCAGCAUGGUAUUAAUGUUCGCUAUCUUGGCACUAUGCUGGAGUUUGUGGACAACAUGCCUGCAAAAGCACAACUUGAGCACAUCUAUAGAAUAGGAAUCAGUGAGCUGAUCACCAGGUGUGCAAAACAUAUCUUCAAGACAUAUCUUCAGGGUGUGGAGCUUUCCGCUCUAUCCGCUGCGGUGAGUCACUUCCUGAACUGCUUCUUGAGCUCUUUCCCAGAUGCUGUGGCUCAUCUCCCUGUGGAUGAGCUGGUGUCACGCAGAAAGAACCGCAAAAGACGUAACCGGGUCCCCGGUGGAGGAGACAACACAGUCUGGGCCAGCCUAACUCCCAGUGAGCUCUGGAAGAACAUUGUCUCUGAGGCACAGAAUUACUAUCACUUUAACCUGCAAUGUGAAAGUGUGGACCAAGCAGUAGAAAAAUACGGGUUGCAGAAGACCACCCUUCUGAGGGAGAUUUCCAUCAAGACUGGCAUUCAGAUCUUGUUAAAGGAGUACAGCUUUGACAGCCGCCACAAGCCGGCCUUCACUGAGGAAGACAUCCUGAACAUCUUCCCCGUCGUGAAGCACGUCAACCCUAAAGCCUCAGAUGCCUUCCAUUUCUUCCAGAGUGGACAGGCCAAGGUUCAGCAAGGGUUCCUUAAGGAGGGCUGUGAGCUCAUCAAUGAGGCUUUGAACCUCUUCAAUAACGUGUAUGGAGCCAUGCAUGUGGAGAUCUGUGCCUGUCUUCGCCUACUUGCUCGACUCAACUACAUCAUGGGUGAUCAUCCUGAGGCACUUAGUAACCAGCAGAAAGCUGUCUUGAUGAGUGAGAGAGCUCUGGGGAUUGAACACCCCAACACUAUUCAAGAAUAUAUGCACUUAGCUCUAUACUGCUUUGCCAAUGGCCAGCUGUCCACUGCCCUGAAGCUGCUGUACCGUGCACGCUACCUCAUGCUUGUGGUAUGUGGGGAGGACCAUCCUGAAAUGGCUCUGCUCGAUAGCAAUAUUGGUCUGGUGCUUCAUGGUGUGAUGGAGUAUGACCUGUCCUUGCGUUUCCUGGAGAAUGCCUUGGCCAUCCAUUCAAAAUACCAUGGGCCCCGGUCCCUUAAAGUAGCCCUCAGUCAUCACCUGGUGGCAAGAGUAUUUGAGAGCAAGGCUGAGUUCCGCUCAGCACUGCAGCAUGAGAAGGAGGGAUAUACUAUUUACAAGAACCAGGUUGGUGAAGCUCACGAGAAGACAAAGGAGAGCUCAGAGUAUCUGAAGUACCUUACACAGCAGGCCGUCGCACUGCAGAGAACAAUGAAUGAGAUCUACAAGAACGGAUCCAACGCUAGCAUAAUGCCACUCAAGUUCACAGCACCAAACAUGGCAAGCGUACUGGAACAGCUUAAUAUUAUCAAUGGCAUCAUUUUUAUUCCUCUCAGCCAAAAGGACCUGGAGAACCUAAAGGCAGAGGUGCAGAGACGACAACAGCUCCAGGACCCUUCAAAAAAUGAGGAACAGCAGGCCAAUCAUUUAGAGCUGGAUGACAAGCUGCCUGUAGAUGAUUAACAAACCCCACCCAUACAACCCCUCUCCAUAUGAGGAAGACACGAUGCAGCAGCCAUCUGUUUGAACCUGUGGACCUGAAAACUGUGCUGUUUAAUUCAACCAAUCAAAUUUGAGCAGAAUGGGGAGGGGAGGACCAGGAACAGGCAAAUAAUGUGUACAGAGUGUAGUUUGUAGCUAUGAAGAGAACGAAAGCAGAUGUUCAACAUGUGUAAUUCAACAACAAGGUCUACCAGAGGAGGAGCCAGAGCAAAUGUAGUCCUUUCACUGUGAGUUUGCACAAAGAGUCUGGAAGUGACCAAGGAUCAUCAUGACAUUUUUUACCAGAGCCUUAUUCGUUGGUCAUCAUCCCUCUCUCGUUCGCUCCCAUCUGUUACCUUCUCACCUGAGUCCAGGAUAAGUCUGUCCCAAAUAACCCACAAAUGUAAAGAGAUCCACACCCCACCACCACCACCACCCUCUCCCUCCCAACUCACACCCUGUCUGAAAACUCAGGUGAUUUCUACACUGUAUGUGAUGAAACCAGAGACAUUCAAAUAAUACAGGUAGACAAAAGAAUCUUGGAUUUAAGAAUGUAGACUUUAAAGGUCUAGCCUCGGGACCGAAUGGUCAAAUUGUGUCCCUUACAUUAUUUCUGUGAUCGCUGUGGCGGCUGUCUUUAAACAAAACCAGAAUACUACUAUUUACUAUUUAACCAGAAUACUGAUUUUAGAUUGGUCACAUCUUCUGUAAAACAAAAAACCUUUUUGUAAAAGUAAAUGGAAAAGGUACAGAAGCCAUUUAGAACGUUCUUUAUACGUUAAUUUAAGCCCUGACUGUUUAUUAGAAAUACUUUGGAUGUGGAAAGCUGUAUAAAGCUUUUUCAUUGGGGUUAGACAGGUACUUGAUUCAUGCUGAUUUAAAAUGUCCAGCUCGAAUUAGGUGUGUUCUAAAAGUGCAUAUGUGUGGUAUGUAUGUAUGUAUGUAUGUAUGUAUGUAUGUGUGUAAUCAUGUCUCUUUAUGGUUGUCUAUGUUAGUGCAGAGAUUCAGAGGGUUCCUCCAAAGCUGCUGCAACAGACUAAUAUUCUGAUGAUAUUUUUAUACAUACAAGCAUUGAAAAUGAAUGGACUCAUGCAACCUAUUUUUUGAAAAUGUGCUAUUAAUAUAGUGGUUUUCGAGAUCCCAUCAGUAUGUGAUAAUACAGUCGGUUUAACCUCUCAGACCCAUGAUAUCUUGGAUGAGAAUAAUUUCAGCACAAUGUUCAGAAACUUGCUAUUAACUCCCAGCAGUUCAAGAUGCUUUUGUUUGGUUCUUUCCUAGCAUUUACUGCAGUGCUGUUUUUUGGGUGGGCACAUAUGGCAUAUAAUGUGUGUAUGAAGAAUCAUGUGUGAGAUUUGUGCCUAUUUAUGCACUCAAAAGGUUGGGUAGCUUUUGUUAUCUCUUUUGUUGGUCACAAGUUGAAGAUGGUUUUGGAACUGGAACUCCUGUAAUUGAAUAGAGGUCCUUCACAACCUUUGCAUUUAAAUGAACGUCCACAGCAGUACCCGUAGAUGCCACGUGGAUGUGCUGCAGUCAAUAUUAAAACUCAUAUGAACUAGAUCAUAAAUUGAGAUUAUAAGAAUUCAGUAUAUGAAGUUGAUUAAUUGAUUCUGUUCAAUUGCUGAAGAUGAAACAGGAGUUUAACAGAUUCUUGUGAGAACUAUUUACCAAAAGGUUGCUAUGGUGAGCACUUAUAAACAAGCCUGUGGGGUUUAGUGUGUAGCUCAGUGCCACAAUUUUGAUCAGUUGCUUUCCAAGAAUGAGGUGGUGGUGGUGGUAACAGACGUGCCACUGGUUCAAUGCCAAAUAAGGGUAACCCUUGAACUGUAGGGUUAAUUAGAAAACCUUGCCUCCAUUAUGUCCAAGACAUUUAACCGACAGUUGCUUCAGGGUCAUUGCUCCUGCAGAUAGUGAGCAUUUUGAAUGAAAGUCAUGAAUGUUAAAUAUCAUCUCAAUUGAAAAUCAUCAAGCUUCCAUAGUUGCAAAUCUUAUGAACAAAUGUACCCGUCAGCGGUUUCGAACAGUGUUUUCAAUUGAACUAUUUAACUGCUAAGUUAAUUUUCAAAAUGAUUGAGUAGUAUUAAACAAACCUGAGAUGUGUUCAUAUUACAAAGCAACAUGUCAAUUCAGCGUAUCAAUAACCACUUGCAUGAGAAACCAAUCUGACAUAAUCUAGAUGUUUAGUGUUUUUUUUUUAAUUUUUUUUUAGAAAGGUUUGGAUCUUCUCCAGAAUGAAGAUGCUGAAACAAAGCAGUUACUUUGCUGAUUUUCUUUCUUGAAUUACAGUUUCAAAUUUGAAAUGUAUUGAAUGUCUUCCUGUGUAUAAUAUUUGUAAUAUUAAGUUAAUUAAAAAUGUGAACGUUUCUGUGUGGAAGCAUAUUGCAUAUUAAACAAUGGACCUUUUAAUUUGUCAGAAGAAAACAAAUCAUUGUACCAGUGAUGCUGGAAAAGGUACAGUUUUAAGAGACUUUGCUCAUUGCCUUUCGAAGGCUCUUAAUUUUAUCAAAAGGACUUGCUGAACAUCAGUCAUUUGAAAGAAGAUCGUGAUUAAGACACACGCCUCCCCCGCUCAGUUUAGUGCACCAUUUGUCUAUUUGGUCUCACUUUGAUAUGAAAUCACCUGCACAAAGACAUUAUAAACUUAACAACAGAAAUCAAAUUAAUUGCUUAUCUGGGGAAAUCUACAAUAUGUGGAGUAAAAUGCUGAAUCGGUCCAUCUUUUUUUCUUUUUUUAAACCAAGGAUAUCUGUAUUUCCUUCUAUUUUAAUUUCAAUCUCCCUGUUGUAAACAUGGAAUAUUUUUCAUGCCCUUUGUGUGACUGCUUCGCUUUCUUUACUGAGUGAUACCUUAAUGUCAGUUCUUCUAAAUAACAAUCUGAUUAUUUUUGGUCCAAGAAUGCUUUUGUAUUAAAAUGAAUAAAUGAACAAUAAAACAA